CUUUCUUCGGAAAGAAGGUUAGAGUUGCCGCAGUGCACUGGAUUCCUUGGCUGCGUUUGAACUUCACCGGUGACACGCAUACCGAGGAUGAUGUGCAGAUGUCUGGACCUAUGGCCAACCUCUUGAACCAGCUGGCUGGCGAUCUCGGAUUCACCUACACCGUGGAUUCACCCGAAGAUGGCCAGUGGGGCGUGCCUUUGCCAAAUGGGGACUGGAGUGGUAUGGUCGGCAUGGUGUAUAACAACGAAUCCGAUCUGGCUCUGGGUCCUUUAGUGAUGACGUACGGUCGCUCGCAAGUGACCACAUUCAGCUCCCAAGUGACUACGGACUACCUGACCAUCCUGGCCGGCUUUCCCAACGUCAUUCAUGCAAGCAUCUUCGGCACCUUGAUGGCAUUCGAUUUGGAGGUGUGGAUAGCUCUGCUGGUCUCCCUGCUGCUCUGUGUGUUCGCGGCCGUGAUGAUCGACAUAUUCAGCAAAGAGAACGGGGGCCGUUCCGUCCAAGACAUGCUCUUCGCAAACUGGUGGAUGUAUUUCUCUAUUUUAUUCUACGAAGCUUCACCACGGCCGCCGCGUGGUGCGCCAUCCAGGAUCGUAUUCGCCAUGUGGUGGCUGACGGUGCUGGUGCUUAUGAACGCCUUUACGGGUCACAUGAAGGCUACAAUGAUGGUGCGACCCGAACCCGACCGCAUUGAUUCCAUGAAGGAGCUCGCCGAGCGCGCGGACAUGAAGACCUUCAUAUGGGAGGGCACCGCCUAUGAAUCCCUGCUGAGGGGUUCUCGGAAUGUGCCGGAGUACCAAGCCGUGUGGGAGAUGGUUGCUCGCUGCAACGGCACGUUCGACACCAAGUCGCUCUACUCCAGAGCGAACCUCAUCGAUGUGCAGAAUGGGGACGCCGUCAUCGUCAGUGACGCUACCACGAUGCGCUUCCACGUGGCGGCCAGCUGUGGCGUGUUGAGACAGGGCACCUUCUACUUCUCGCGGGAGCAGUUCUUUCCGCACAAGUUUGCCGUGGCGCUCAACCGAAACGAAGACCCAGCGUUCGUUGCCGUAGUUAACCAACGAAUCAGUUGGAUGAAGGAGAGCGGCUUGCUGGAUGCCUGGAUGGAGGAGGAGUACGGUGACUGGCAGAAGUGCGCCUCUGGCUCCGGUGAGGACGCGUACAGCCCCCUGUCAAUGUUUGAGAUGCAGUCCAUCUUCUUCAUCUACCUCAUGUUCAGCGCUGCAUCAGCCAUUGGAUUCCUGUUCGAGCUGCUUAUCGGAGGUAAGCACCAUCCCGACCAGAGGCACAAGGCAUCCAUGGAAAUGUACAAGAAGUAUGGGCCUAUCGUUGUUGAGAAGCUGCCGGGCCGCUACUCCUUAGUGCACCUAUUCCAAGGCGUCGACAUCCGUAAUCUAUACCAGGAGGAAGGCAAGGAGCCUUUCAGGAUGGGUGCAACGGCCUUCAAGGAUUACCGUGCGAGCAGACCAGAAUACUACGCUGACGUGGGCAUAUUAAACCUUCAGGGAAAAAGCUGGCUUAAAGUACGGAUGAGCACGCAACAGCACACACUGCGUGUACGAACAACAAUGUCCUACUUGCCUAGCAUGAACAAAAUCGCGGAAGAGGCUUUGGACCUGCUCGACCAACUCAUGGAUGAGAACGGCACAGUGGAAGACUGCUUCUCAUUCCUUCAGCGAUGGGCUCUGGAAAGCGUCGCUUUGGCCUCCGUUGACGCCCGGCUUGGUUCUCUGCGGCAUCCGCUUGACCCGACUCUUGACGGCCCAGCCAUAUUGGACGACAUGAGGACAACGUUUGCCUGCAUGCAAAAGUUCGGAUACCGGUUUCCAUAUUUUCGUUAUAUACGCAUGCCGACCUGGCGACGUUUUGAGAAAGCCAUGGAUGACUUCACUGUGCGAAUAUUCCGACACAUUGAAGCUGCAGCCGAGCGGAUGACUGCUGGAGAGUCCGAGCAUGAGCCAACUAUUCUGGAACACAUGCUUAGAGAAAAAAAGCUAACAUUUGGAGAAAUCUUAACGUUUACCAGUGACUUCAACCUGGCAGGAGUGGACACGACAUCAGCGGCAACGACGUUCCUUCUGUUUCAACUCGCGAAAAAUCCACGGGCUCAAUCGAAAGCACGCGAAGAAGCGCUAGCCGUGCUCGGGGACAAGUCGAAUUCUGUGGAACCACAUCAGCUGGAGAAGAUGUCGUUUAUAAAAGCCUGCCUGAAAGAAAGCAUGCGGUUGAUCCCAAGCCUUCCGGGAAUCUACAGGAAACUGGACCACGACGUCGUCAUGUCAGGCUACGUUGUUCCCGCCGGGGUGCCUAUAUUCGUGGACGCAUUUGUCGCUGGCCGUGCUGCAGAGAACUUCUCAUGUCCGGAGCUGUACCUCCCAGAGCGCUGGCUGAAAACAGACCAAGAAAUUUUGCCCCACGACGGAUACGCUUCCCUGCCCUUCAGCUUCGGUCCACGCACGUGCCUCGGUAGGAGGAUAGCGGAACUACAGAUCUGCACGCUCAUCGCUAAGAUUUUACUCAAGUACAGCAUUGAAUACCCGCGAGAGAACCUCGAGUACCAUGGCCAACUCAUCAACAUCCCGAAGGACCCUACGGACUUCCGCUUCAAGAAGCUCCGACCGCCGGCACACCGAGGCUAGAACUAGGUGUCUGAAAGGGAUAGCCGUUGCCAACGAGUACUUGUGAAUUUCGGCAGCACACGGCGCCAUCUCUUUGGCGCAUUUUCGGUCUGUGGCAGGCACUGAAAACUUGAGCUGUCUGUCGUGUGCACAAAUCAAGAGCGCCGAGAAAAUUAACGUGACAUCCGUAGCUGCGCAGCAAAAAUAACCGCUGGUUAUCCCUGUAUUGCAAAUGGGUUCGGAACUGGCCCCCGUACCAGUAUUGCACCGACUGUAGUAUUGGCGUAUGCGCCUUAAUUUCCGUGCUGCGUCUGCUAGCUGCUGCUUCGAAGGGUGGAUAGGCGUAGUUGCGUUUAGGGGGCGCGUUAGCUGCCCGCACCACGCUAAGCUUUUGAGCCCUUAAAGAGCGUUGGAGAGGCAGUGGAAGUGCAGAAAGACUCGCUCCUCCCAUUCGAUACUUCGAAUCAUGAACUACGUCAUUAUAUGGCAUUGUCUGCGUAGCGGUUACGGAAUGCAGUGGUAUAAGUUGCAAAACGUCACCAUCCACUUUUCACGUACGUAGCCAGAA